UGGUGUCCAGAGUUUGUAGCUUGAGAAGUCAACUUGAUAUGGAGUGUAAAUUUUAGAGAUAUGUCUUAGAAUAUUACCAAUCUAAAAUCAUAUAAUGGACAAUUGAUUUUGAGAUUUGAAAGUUUUUCUUGCCCGCAUAGCAAGUGAAAUCAGAAACAAAGGGUCGUUGUAUGGGCCUUUGUACAUAUUUGAUUUGGAUCAAGAACUGGCCCAUCUGAAAGGUCCAUAUAUGUCCAUCAUUUUGGUUUCUUUUCUUUCCAACCAAAGAAAAAAAGAGAAAAAAAAAAAAAAAACUAACAAAACUAACAAGAACGAUACAAAAUUGGAAGAUAAAAAAUUGGGUCUACGGUUUUCAGAGAGCUGAUCAGGUUUCAGGAUCUGCCACCAAUUGAAGAAAAUUGAACGACCACUUCUCUCAUUCCAGGUCCUGAGCCAAACUCUUGAGAUGGGUUCUGCAGAAAAAAGCUCCCAAUGGAGGAGUGUCUUUGAUGGUGUGAAACUGAAGACUAUCAAAGCCAUGCCGGAAGCACUCAUGGCAGAGAUCAACACAGCAAUUUGCAAUCUUGAAUAUGCACGUGCCACUGAUCUGGUCGACUCUCCAUCUUCUUCUUCAAUCUCAAGGUUUGAGAGCUCUCCUCAACCUGAAUACAGUGUUCGCAUGGCGGACCAAGCCUACAAGGCAGGGUGUGCAGCCUUGGCUGCUGGCAAGCUUGAUGAGGCUCUUCAAUCUCUGAACGUUUCUCUCUCCAAAUGCCCGCCUGAUCAGACUUCUGCUGUGUCUAAGCUUCAUUCUCUCAUCUCUCUCACAUCACAGCAGCUCCAAAAGUCCACAAGCUGAAGUUAUUACGACAACACAGUUUUUGGUUCUUUGUGUUUAUGGCACUUUGACUUGAACUUCUUAUGACAACAUGCUUUUUGGUGAAGAAAAAGUUGAGGUUUCUGUUUCUAUGCUUUCAUCAUGCAAUGUGGAUUUCGGCAACAAGAAUUGGGAGCUAUUGAAUGGAACAAUUAAUUAGGAAACACGAGGACAUGUUGACAUUAUUGUUUUGAAGCAGAUUUCACGGGAUUGGUUGGUAGGUGAUAGCUUUAAGCUUUAAAGCUGAAGAUAAGGUUAAUUCCUAGUAUUAGCCUUUUGAGUACAUAAUUUCCUUCUUUUUUGUUUAACCUUGGUGUAAUUGUUUGAUUACAUCAAAGUUUCCCAUGGGAAGGGAAAAUGAAACCCAAAGGGGAGGAGGGUUACAUUUUCUUCCCUAUUUUCCUAUCUGCCGGGUACCCAUUUUCUAUGCCUGGCUUACCAAGUAUGGGCAAUUGAUUUCCCCGUGUGCAAGCUUCCUUCACCAUGAACCAAACGCAGCCAAAGGGUUUUUAAAGAACUCCAUGUCUUAUUGUUUUACUUUUUCGGUUGGGCAACCGCACUUUUAAAUUUAACUAGUUUGAUUGCUUGCAAUAAAAAUGAAAUUUGGGUGUGUUAACUUGUUUCUGUAUCUUCCAUUGAAAUCAGGGGCAGGCUUUCUCACUUUUGGCAAAUUUGACAUAUAGCUCAGUUUGGUAAGAUGUCCUAGUUCACCAUGGCUUCAACUUUAAGUUUAAAUUUGAAAACUACAGAAGAGGCACUUAAUGUAGGAAAAACGAAGAAACGGAUGAAGGGUCUUCAAUGGAACAAGUCAAUUUGGACAUCAAGUCGAAUAAGAAUAACACACACCAACGCUAGCUUUGUAGAUAUCUUUUACUCCCUGUGGUUUGCAAACCAACACUCAACAGAAACUUUUAACUCCAACAUGAGCAUCUUUUAUCAUGAAGAAGAGCCACCAAAUCCUUCCAAAAGAUGCAAAUUUCUUGCUGCUUGUCUCACAGAUGCGUUUUCCAAUUGCCAUAUUGGCAGACGGCUUCCAACUUCGAGCCCAGAAGCAGAGGAUCAGUACAUAACAAGUGACUUUGAUGAGGAACAGGAAGUAAUUGUAUCAGCAAUUCGAAGUGCUGCAAUGGAAAAGUUGAGGCGCAAGCCUAGCAGUUUGACAGAGAGUUUUUCAUUUGUCUACUCUUCAAAAUCAGGAGAUUUAUUCAUAAGCCAGAAAGGAGUACUAAACAAAAAGGAUCAUGGUGAAGAAGAUGAUGAGAAAGAAGAAUUUUUAUCUGUUAGAAGUUGCUUCUCUUGCUGCUCAACUGCUGCCACAAGUAGAGAUGUGUUUCUUUCUGUCAAGACAAGUUUGUCCCGCUGUUCGAGCCUUAAUGGGAUUGAUUUUAAAGAUUUUCCGAGGCAGUCUAUAAUUCAGCAAUUCCGUCAUUGUGAGGGCUGGCCCUUUGGUCUUUGCCGGAAGGCUGUGUUGCUUCCACCUCUGCCCAAGUCGCCGUCUGAGUCGUGGUCAUGGCGCAAAGGCACUAAAUAUGUCAAGAUGGUUUAAAGGCAGAGCUCCCCAACCCCACCACCACCACCAAAGGUCCAAAGUUCUGUCCUGUUUAGAUGAUUGAAUGCGUUGAAUAAGAAAGCAACUAGAAUAAAGUUUCUUUGUAAUGCCAUAUCACUGUGAGAAGUAAAGCCUAAUGGGAAUUGAAACUCUCUCUCUCUCUCUCUCUCUCUCUCUCUCUCGUUCACAUGAAUCAUGAUCACAUCGUAUAUUUUAUCAUCUGCAAUUUGGCUCUUGCAAACAUUGAGCUUUCCACAUGCCAAGUUGUAAAGGGAAAGAUCACUUGCCUUGAUUGCCAUAACAA